CUUGUUGGGUAUUCUUUUGGAUUCAAAUCUUAGAGAAAUUAAAGAACACGGAGGAAGUAAGACUGUUGGAAUGAGCAUGGAUGAUGUGAUUGAAGAGUGUAAGCUAUUUUACUUCGCUGGACAAGAGACCACUUCCAAUACCCUCAGUUGGACAAUGGUUCUGUUGGCACAACAUCAAAAUUGGCAAUCUCGUGCAAGAGAAGAGGUGUUAUCUAUCUUUGGCAACAACAAACCAGAUUUCGACAGCUUGAAUCGCUUAAAAGUUGUAACCAUAAUUUUGUACGAGGUUCUCAGACUCUAUCCACCAGGGACUAUACUUACUCGGUCUACAGAGAAGGAAACGAAGCUAGGAAAUUUGACGCUACCUGCUGGGGUUGAACUUGCCAUGCCAACAAUUCUUGUACACCAUGAUCCUGAAUUUUGGGGAGAUGAUGCCAAGGAUUUUAAACCAGAAAGGUUUGCUGAAGGAGUUUCAAAGGUGACGAAAAAUCAAGUCUCUUAUUUUCCCUUUGGAUGGGCUAUUCAACCACUGUCCGGCGAUCAUGUGUAGGGGUGAGCAUUGCUUACAGUUAUAUACCUGUCACUUGUAAGUAUUUUAUUCAUCUGGAUAAAUAUUUUAUUUAAAU